CCAAGACCACGCCAGCUUUUUUAUGGAUCCAAUGCCAAGGUUGUUUGUAUAAAGAGGCCCAAUUUGUGUCCAAAACUGUAUCAGACAAAUUAACAAACACCUUCCGCGCACUCCUUUCCUUCAAUCUUUUCUCUCAAUGCCAAGCAUUCUGCUGAGGACAUUCCUUCUCUAUAACCUUGUUAAUUCGCUCUUGCUCUCUCUGGUUCCCAAGAAGUUCAGAGUCUUCUUACCCACUUCUUGGUACCCACAACAAAUCAACAAUCAGCCGUCGUUUCCAGCCCUGAAAAGAAUGGAGAUGACAGAGUUGGAGAGGGUGUUUCAAAUGUUCGAUCAUAACGGCGAUGGGCGUAUAACGAAGAAGGAACUAAAUGAAUCAUUGGAGAACCUGGGCAUCUUUAUCCCAGACAAGGAGUUAGCCCAAAUGAUCGAAAAAAUCGAUGCUAAUGGAGAUGGGUGUGUGGAUAUUGAGGAGUUUGGGGUUUUGUACCAGUCAAUUAUGGAUGGGCGUGAUCAGGAAGAGGACAUGAUGGAGGCCUUCAAUGUGUUUGAUCAAAAUGGAGAUGGGUUUAUUACAGUUGAUGAACUGAGGUCUGUGUUGGGAUCUCUUGGGCUUAAGCAAGGGAGGUGUGUGGAGAAUUGCAAGAAGAUGGUAAUGAAGGUUGAUGUGGAUGGAGAUGGGAUGGUUAACUAUAAGGAGUUUAAGCAAAUGAUGAAAGGAGGUGGUUUCAGUGCUCUGUCUUGAGAAAGUCUUCAAGGGGUUUUGUACAUGGUCUAGACUUUAUUUGACUUGUUCCUUGAGUUUAUGUAUUUUUGACAUUUCUGAGAUUGUUUCUCUUCUGGGAUUUUUUAGCUCUGUUUCUGAUAAUAUAUUGCUGGGGAGAUGAAGCUUGGCAGAGCCAGAGUCAUUCUUGUGUAAAAACUUUAUAAAGGCAGAGUCUUGUUUUUGGGAUUUAUUGGUUCUGUUUCUGA